AUAAUUUGGCGUCAAUUGAGACACAGGAACGUUCUUCCGUUCAUCGGAGUUUGUGAUAAUUUAAUGACUGAGGUAAACCUUUUGGUCUCACCAUGGAUGGACAAUGGGGACUUGUCAACGUUUAUGAAGAAAUAUGAGGAAGGUGGUCGUUAUGUUGACGGAAUUGAUUUUGUACCAUCUGGACUGGAAUAUCUGCAUAGUCAGGACCCCCAGAUCCUUCAUUGUGACUUGCGAGCUGGAAAUAUUGUUGUCAACGAGAAGCUCGAAUUGCUCAUUAUCGACUUUGGCGUUGCAAAUUAUAGUCAAAUAAAGAGUCAGAAGAUGAGCGACCCCAAUUCAGCUGGCACGUUGCAUUGGAUGGCUCCUGAGCUUUUUGAUCCGCCACCAGGAUCAAAGGCUACUACCGGAUCUUCAAAGAGCGACGUUUAUGCAUAUGCUAUGACGUGUUUUGAAAUCUUUUCUGGAACAAUGCCAUUCAGCGAGCUGCCGAGACCUGUUGCUGUCAUGCAUCAAGUAUUGAAUGGAAAAAGGCCUCGCCGACCGCGAGGCAAUGCGGACAUGAGAGGUCUGAAUGAUUACGUCUGGAGUCUUAUUGAAGCCUGUUGGUCGCAUGAAACGACAAAACGACCAAGUAUGACUGAUGUCCUCCGAUCAUUGGACAAGAUGGAGAACCAUUCCGUAUUGAUUGUGAGUAUCAUGCUGCACCGUGUCGUAUCCUGGCAGAUAUGCGUCUAA